UUUUGUACAUAUAGACACAGAAGGCGUAUUAUCGACUCUUAAAGAAAAUGCAUGAUGGAGUGUUUAGGUGAUUGAAUUGCCCUAUAAAUACCGGGAGCGUACCCAUCACCUAAUUUUUACACGCCCAAUCAUCUCUUUGUCUCAGUUAACUUUUUCACUAAUUGCGGUCCAUUACCCACCAAAACCCAUCCCUAAUUCUUCGCUUCCUCUGCUUUUUACACUCUCUUUCGCUAAAUAUCUCUAAUUCUAGGGUUCUUCACAAAUUAGGGUUUUCUGUUGAGACACAAUCAAAGUGUUGGGAGUUUCUGCUUCAAUGGAGGCCACGGCCGGAGUCGCUGCCUCACGCGGCGGUGGUUCUUUGCCGAUGACGUCAUCACGCAAGGAGUGGCGUGCCGUUUCUGACCAUCAUACCGUUCGAAAUGUCAGCGAUGAGGUGGUUAUGUCUCACCAGCAAUCUUUACACUUGGGUUGUGCUUGGUUGCCAUGAAAAUGAUCUAGAACAAUCAAAAUUGGGGCAAUCUGAUGAGAGAACAAUAUAUGAGGUGCAGCAAGGAAGAGAACCAGCUGAUGUGGACUUCUGUUCCAUCCCAGUAGAUUGUAGUUUGGGUAAUGACUUAUUACAGCAACGGCUUCAUAGUGUUGCUAGACAAAGAGAAGAGUUGCAACAUCUGGAGAUUGAGCUUAGAGCUCAAAUAAUUGCAAGAGCUGAGAUCAUUGAAAUGCAAAACCGCUUUGAAUCUCAAAUUAAGGAGCAUUCUAAUGCUACUGCCAAGCUUCAGGAGCAACUUCUUGAAAGGGAACAAAGCAUACAUGAAUUGGAAAAUAAAAUGGAAGAGAAGGAGAGAGAGCUACAUGCAAUCAAAUUAGACAGUGAAGCGUCUUGGGCUAAAGAGGACCUUUUUAGAGAACAGACUAAAGAACUGGCAACAUUCAGAAGAGAACGUGAUCAUUCUGAAGCUGAAAGAGCUCAACACAUAAAACAAAUACAUGAUCUUCAAGAACAUGUACAAGAAAAAGAGAGACAGCUUAUUGAAUUACAGGAGCAGAAUAGGGCUGCUCAGGAAACCAUUAUUUACAAGGAUGAACAACUGAGGGAGGCACAAGCUUGGGUUGCUCGUGCUCAAUUACAGUCAACCACAAACCAGUCACUACAGGCUGAACUGCGUGAACGUACAGAACAAUUUAACCAGCACUGGUUAGGUUAUCAAAGACAGUUUGCUGAGAUGGAGAGACUACAUUUGCAUACGAUACAACAGCUUAGACAUGAGCUGGCUGAUGCAAGAGAAAGAAAUGGAACUUUCACGGAUGAGUCACGUGUAUCACAAAAAAUUUCCAAGGAUGUACCUCAAUUUGGUGAGAACAAUGGGAGCCAACUAGAUGCAAAUGGAGGUGGCACAAUGAAUUCUAGUGCUGGGCCCCACCCAAAUGCAAAUUCAGAUAAUGCUUCUUCUUUUGCUUCAUCUGGCAAUGCAUCCACUCAGACUGAUCGUGUGCCUGGCAUACCAAUUACUCCAUCAUCUCUGCUUGGGUUACCGACCUACCUUCCACCUGGGCAAUUGCCUGCUAUUCAUUCUUUCAUCAUGCAUCAGCCGGGGGUUCCCCAUGCUCUUCCAUCACAUGUUCCGCAAUCUCAUGUUGGGCAUUUUCACUCAAUGCCAGCAAUGUCAUCCCUGCAACAGUGGCAGAACCAACAGGCUGUAUCAGAGGGUUCACAAAUUUCUGCACCAUGUCAACAGCCACCAUCUCAAACAGAUCAAAACCUUUUGAGAUCAGGUGCCAAGUAUGAAUAUGACAUGUCCAUAAAUGGAAAAACUCUUCAGUCCGGUUUUUUGGAAGUUCAUAUCAGCCAAGGCAUGAAGCCAGACUCAGUGAUUUCUUCAUCAUCCGCAGAAGCACAGGUUUUUGAGUCAAUGGAUAGAAGCUACCUUGUUGCUCAUCAAACUGAUCAGAACUUGUCACAAGUUUCUUCCCAAUUUUGUGAUGUCUUGAGACUAGACAGCAUUGAACAGAACAGUUCCAAGGUGCAGCGUGAUCUGAAUUUAACUGAUAAUGGACUACAGGAUGAAGUUGUAAAAGCAGAAGAGCAAAGUUCUGCAGCAAGUGCAUCUCCAUCUGAUAAUACAAUUUGUUCGAUUUAUCCCGGUGAAACCACAAUCAAGAAUGACAGUGGUGCAACUAUGCAUGAAGCAUUGAUCUCAAAUGCACAUACAAAUACACUAAUGGCAGGAAAGACUUCAGACUCUAGUCUCCUUGAUGAAAGAUCUUUAUUGGCAUGCAUUGUCCGCACAAUUCCAGCUGGUGGUAAAAUUCGAAUUAGUUCAACGCUACCAAAUAGACUUGGCAAAAUGCUUGCACCUUUACACUGGCAUGAGUAUAAGAAACAAUAUGGAGAGCUUGAUGACUUUGUGGCCAGCCACCCAGAGUUAUUUGUUAUUGAGGGUGACUAUAUUCAGCUGAGAGAAGGGGCACAAGAAAUGAUAGCAGCUACAGCAGCUUUUGCAAAAGUUGCAGCAGCAGCUGCAGCAUCUUCUCCUUACUCCUCAUUUUUGCCCUCUGUGGCUGUUACCCCAAUGGCACGGCCAAAAAAGUUUAUUGAUUCCAACUCAGUUAUUCGGAAUCAGCAUCUUAAUGGUGUUGAUUUUUGUAUGGCUGGAGGUCUCUCAAACAUAAAGAUUUUAACCAAAUCUAGGGACCCAUUUGAACUGAAUGGAGUGAAUUUUGAGAGGUCAAGUGUGAUAAGUAAUCAAAACAAGGGCUCAACUCCAGCAAGGUCUAAUUUUGGUGGCAAGCAGCAGGGGCAACUGGUGCUGCACUAACCUCCUGCAGAUGGAUGGAUGGAAUCACAUGGAUAAUAUUUUGAUUAUAGAGGUGUACUAAGCACUGAUCUGAGAAUAUAUUGGGAAUGAGUUGUAGAAUGUACUUCCAGAUUGGAAUUAUUAGCAAUUUUUUGCAUAUGGUAUGAAUCAAUCUAUCUCAGAAUGAAACUGCCAGCUGACAUAGAUUUUAUUCAUUGUUUUCCACCCGUCUUUGUUGGAAAAUUUCUAAAUUAACUUUGUCAUGUACUCAAGAUUGCAGUCACCGUGCAGUGAUAUUCUUGCCCACA